CUCUCUCCUCCUCCUCCUCCUCCUCUCUCUCUCUCUCUCUCUCUCUCUCUAAAAAAACCUAUCGCACGCAAAGCAGGCUACUUAUUCAUCUGUUCAUCAUCAUCAUCAUCAUCAUCAUCAUCAUAUAUAAGCCAAACCCAAGUAGCCAUAUAUACUGUCUGUCCAUAUAUACAUAUAUAUAUAUAUAUAUAUUUGUAUGCACACACACAUAUAUAUAUUAAAAUGGAUGAAGUAGUUGUGAAAGGGAGAUCAAGCUGUACUAACUCAUCAUCAUCAUCUUCUUCCGCACAAUUAAGUGAUCAAGAAGACAUGAUGAUGGACCUUAGAAGAGGGCCAUGGACGGUUGAGGAAGAUCGUACUCUCAUCAAUUACAUUGCUAAUCACGGCGAAGGACGGUGGAAUUCCCUCGCUCGCUGCGCCGGCCUAAAGCGAACCGGAAAGAGCUGCAGAUUGCGGUGGCUGAACUAUCUCCGCCCUGAUGUUCGACGUGGAAACAUCACUCUUGAAGAGCAACUUCUCAUUCUCGAGCUCCAUUCUCGCUGGGGAAACCGAUGGUCCAAAAUUGCGCAGCACUUGCCGGGCAGAACGGACAAUGAAAUAAAGAAUUAUUGGAGAACAAGGGUUCAGAAGCAUGCCAAGCAGCUCAAAUGUGACGUCAACAGCAAGCAAUUCAAGGACACCAUGCGCUACCUUUGGAUGCCAAGGCUUGUAGAGAGGAUUCAAGCCGCCAACACCGCCGCUGCCACCACCACCGCCAACAUCACCGUCUCCGCAGGCGCCCCAAGUACUCAUCACCACCAAUUCAACAACUUCCACAACAACAACAUGAUCAAUAAUAAUUUGCCAAUUAGCAAUAUUAUUAAUAUCUCCAAUGACUUUGUGGGAAGUGCUAAUUACACUCCUGAGAACUCUAGCACCGCCGCCUCCUCGGACUCAUUUGGGGCCCAAUUUUCGCCGGUUUCCGACCUGACUGAUCACUACUUCACCGCUAAUAACAAUCCUACUGCCACUACUACUACUCUUCCAGUUAAUAACAACUCUAAUACCACCACAACAACUACAAAUCCUCAUGAUCAUCAUCAGUAUUUCCAAGCGGCACCAAGUACUACUCAUGAUCAUCAUCAACAGGUUGGCGGUACUUAUUAUUAUCAUCCUUCAAUGAGCACAACUUAUGAUCAGAAUAACAUGAGCUUCAGUCAUGAAGGAUUAAAUAUUGAUGAUCGUUUCCAAGCUUCUAUGGAUCAGAACAAUCAGUACUGGAUAGAGGAAGUGGACAACUUGUGGAAUAAUGUUGAUCAAGACAUGUGGUUUUUACAAUAAGGUCACAAAAAAUAUUGGAUAAUUAAUUGUGGGGGGUGAAAUCAUUUUUAAAUUAGUGCAUGCAUGGUAUUUAAUUUUCAUUGUGUAGAGAUGUUAAAUAUUUUCCCACAAAUAUUUGGUGGGAAAAAUAGAAGCCAGAAAAAGAAAAUUAUGGAGUAGAUUAAUCUAGGAUAAAUAUAUAGAGAAGUUCAUCAUGUGAAUGAAGGACAGAGAGAUCAUAUCCAAAACUGUGGAUUAUUACUCAGCUUGUACUUUUUUCCUUUUCUUUUUUUUUUUUUCCUAUUUUUGGGGUGGGGAAAUUUGAUUUCUUUAAUUUCUUUAUCUCAUUCUUUGAAAAUGACCUUUGUACUACUGGUUCUUUGUUUAUUUCCAUCUUCUUUUCGCUAGUGAUUGCAUUAUAGUAGCAUGUUUCCA